AUGCGUCAAUUAAUGGUACUCAUGGAGGCAAAAUACGGGACCGUUUUUGUUGCUGCAUCUGGCAAUGCGGAACCGGAUCCUGCUGAUGGACCUUUAGUAGACCCGGGGGUCUUUAUUGAUGCAAACUCCAUGCCAUACGAAGCCAUGCCCUAUGUUCCUGGCAUGAUGGUUGUCGGUGCUUCUAACAGAGAAGGGUACCGGCGAAAGUUGAGCAUGGUAGGAACGAACGUCGAGUUUUGGGCUCCUGGUGAGCGGCUCCCGUAUCCUUUGGGCGUCAGUAACCAGCGUCAAAUCAAUGGCGGAUCACCUGGUAAGUGCGACAUAUUCUAUCACUCCUUCGAAAACCUGCAAGAUUUUUUCGUUGCCCUUCGUCACUAA